UAGUUUUUACGACAGUUUGUUUUUUUUACCAUUCUGUUUUCCAAAACUGAAUAGCUUUUCGGCUAGCUUUCAGUAUUUAGUAGUUUCCAGUUUUAUCAAUAAGUUAUCAAGGAUGGAUUCUUCUGAAAAAACGUCAAGAUCUGGGAGACAGGUGAAAAUUCCAUCCAAGUUCGCGGGCAUGGAAAUCAUCGACAAUGAAGGAAAACGACGAACAAUUCCUGCUUCCCCCAGCGCAUCAGCGAAGCCCACGCGGAAUAAACCUCACGGUAAUACGGGAAAACGGCGGGGGCGACCUGCGGUGAAAGGGACACCGAGCACCCCAGUUACGCCUAAAUUUGAGGAAUCCGCAGCCGAUAUGAUUGUGUCCCCCGACCAACUCACCCCUGAAGAAUCGGAGCAGAUGAUGGCUCAACUGGAGCGUCAGGCCCGUUCUGAUCUGGAGGAUGAUUUGGCUGAUGAUCCCGUACUGCAGCAGUCCUCCAUCAUGGACAGUAUUUUAGUUCCUUCGGUGACGGAGACGGAGAUGGAUGUCUCAACUCCGACGACUGAUUCUGUCGUCGAUGUUUCUCAUGUCUCGCAGCCCACUGCAGAGUCUGAUACCGAGAAAGAGAAGUCGUUGAUCCAUCGGAUAAUUGAGCAGAAACAGAAAGAAUCAGGUGCAGAAGUUGCAACGACGCAGUCGCCUGUCACCAAUGGUGAUGGGCCAGUAGAUAUCGUACCGAACAGUUAUGAAACACCUGUGGCGGAGAAGAAGAGCCGGGGGAGAAAGCGGAUAAAAUUGGAAAAUGGAAACAAGAAACUCAAAGUACCGAGAAUCAAUAAACGUAAGUCCAAAAACGCCGACUUGGAUGUGGAAUUGCCCCCUGGUUUGUUGGAUGUCAUGCGGAAGAAGAAGCAGAUUACGGCAUAUUUGGCUUUCUGUCGCGCUGAGCGUCCCAGUGUGAUACGCGAGAUGCCGGGAGGAACAUUCGCCAAUUUUUCCAGAAUGCUGGGUACACGGUGGAUGAACUUGGAUGUGGAUGAAAAAACACGAUGGAGAAAGAUCGCUACGAAAAUUAGUACCAUUCUGGCUGCGGAGCGCGCGGACUCUACCGAUCUGCCGCGAAAUGGAACAGCCCGGAAACCGCGUGAUAAAGUCAUCAGGGAAGUGGAGACGCGGCUGAAAGAUCCCGUCGGCAGUUCGGCUUUUGAUCUCGUUACCAAUUACCGUUUGGCUGGGGAACAGCUGGGUAAUCUUGCAGACUGUCUCACCGAAUGGACAGCCGAUGAAGACAACCAUCUUCCUAGUGGAUGUCUGGAUGCAGUUUUAGAUGUUAGUUACGUUUGCGUGGCUUCUUGUCUUGGCCUUAUGGCACAUAUCCCGAUCUUGCAUGAUUCGUUGGAUAAAGAGGUUUUGGAUGAGUUAUCCGAAGUUUCCGCUUCGAUAAUGCCUUUAAUUCAAGUGCCUAAGUCGGACAAGAGUCCGGAAAAAUGAUUUCCUAAAUGUGUUUCAUUUCGUGGAGGCUUCUGUCGACAAUGAAACAGUUUGGUUACCUAGAGCUUGGUUAAUCGCGAAUUCGGCUGCAUUGCUGUUGCAUCUCAUUAUAAUCAACUACAUGACUGCAAAUUCAAUAAAAGCGCAAGGCU